AUGUUCGAUUUUCUCAAAGCCUCAAUGCCGAUAGCGAAAAGUUUCAUGUUGGUGCCUCGGGCAUGUGGUCGUCUCUGUGGUGUUUGGCCUGAUCCCGAGUAUAGAUGGAGAAAUACACUAUUUGUGAUAUUCAGCACCGUUGUAACAUUAUUUGGUGGAGUGGGAGAAUUAUCCUACGGGUUUACACAUCUAAACGAUCUGGUUGAUGCCCUGGAUGCCUUUUGUCCGGCUGUGACGAAAAUUAUCUCAUUCUUUAAGGCAACCAUCAUUUUUAUCAACCGUAAGAAAUUUUAUGAUAUUAUGCAGCGUCUGAGGACUCUCAUUAUGAGAGAACAACAUGAUUCGAAGAAAAUGAAAAUGGUCCAGGGAUUUUCUUCGUUUGGCAACAUUUGCACCUUCAUCAUUGUUUCGGGAGGUUCAUCAACGAACGUUUUCUACAAUUUAAGGGCAAUAAUUACAAAUAUCAUUUAUCACUUUCAAGAGGAGGAAAGGAAACUGGAAUUUCCUUUUAAGUCACUUGUACCGGAAUUCACAACCAGAUUUCCAUACUUUCCUGGUAUGUUUUUAAUCCUGACUGCAUCCGGUGUAAUGACUGUAUUUUCAUUCAGCAUUGUCGACGGGUAUUAUGUGUGUACCACCGUCUUCAUAUGUUCAAUUUUCAAAAUUAUACAACAGGAUAUUGGCAGUAUAUUUGAUGAAUUGAAAGAUUGUGAACACGCUACUGACGAACAAAAUCAUCGAAUUCGCCAAAAAUUGAAUGCCAUAGUUGAACGUCAUAAUACGAUUAUCGAUUUGAGUGCAGAUUUUACUGCAAGUUUUACCGUUAUCAUAAUGUUGCAUUUUAUGUCGGCAGCCAUCGUUGUGUGCUCCAGUCUUUUGGAUUUAAUGUUGAAUACCAAUUCGGUGGGCCUAUUUAUCUAUAUUUCGUACAAUAUUGCAGCAUUUGCCCAGUUGUUUGUGUAUUGUGUUGGCGGCACCUUUGUCAGUGAUAGUAGUGCCGCCGUCGCAGAUGUUCUCUACAACGUGGAGUGGUACAAAUGCGAUAUCAAGACUAGAAAAAUCAUUUUAAUGAUAUUGCACCGAUCUCAGAAGGCAACAACAAUUUCUGUGCCAUUUUUUACGCCAUCAUUGCCGGCCUUCAGUUCGAUUAUAAGCACAGCGGGUUCCUAUAUUGCCCUGCUAAAGACUUUUCUCUAAAACCCCGCAAACAAAAACAAAACCGAAAAUGACAACAGAAAAAGUCACAAGCAGAAUGAAACAAUAAUGAAUGAAGAAAGAACGAACGAAAACCUCAUCACGAUGGCAAACAUGAAAUUAAAACAAACAAAAAACAACAAAAACAACAAACAUAGCAAUAGAAUCCUUUUAAAGACAGCAGCUGGAGAAAAUUGAAAGAGAAAACAGAAAAAUGAAUAAUCGCAAAUGAUUCGAUGACAAUGUAGUUUAUUGUUGUUUUUGGCCAUGGUUUGGUUGGUAAAUAGCGGAGUAAAAAAACAUUUGGCUGCUGGAAGAACAUCACUUACCAACACCAGUGUCAUUACCACCAACUGGUGGCAGCUAAAACAACAACUGGAAGCCAACGAAUCAACCCAACAAAUGAACUUCAUGCUUACACAACCCACAAUUGGCCCAGAACAAUAGCCGGGUCUCCCGCUCUCCGGCAAAAACACACAUUAGUACCCUUUUUCCUGCUAAGCUGUGUAAUAAGCUGCGGUAGCAAAAGCAUCAGUAUUUCUUGCGCGAUUGACAUAUUGUUGAAUUUUGCUUUGUUUGAUUGAUGGCAUUCAGCGGCAACCACCAAUCCAACCGACCAGCCAACCAACCAGCCAACCAUCCGAUCAUUCGAUCCAACAAGCAAACAGUCAAAAAAAUAUUUGCCAUUGAACCAAAUGUCGAUUGCAAGGGAUUUCACGCGCUGGCUUUGCUUUUCCGCUGGGUAGUUCGCCGUGACAGUGACUCUGGUCGAUGAUGGAUGCUGUGCGAUUUGUUGUUAUUUUUUCUGGUUUUUCGUUUCACAUUUUUUUUUUUUUGGUUGUUCCUUCAUAUUUUUUCUCUCUCGCUCUCUCUCCCUCUCUCUUAAUUAAUGAUGUUUUUAUGUGUUCCCUCUUUUUCACUUUCUUUACACUUUUAAGAGUUCUCGUCUCAUCGUCAUCAUUGUUUCUUAAGCUUUGUCUUAAAGCUUUGUGCGCAAUGAAUUUUAAAUAAAUGAAUUGAAAUAUGCCAUUGCCAAAAAAAAAAAUCAAGAAAAACAAUGAAUUUUUCAC